AUGGGAGGAAAACAGUCGAAAUCCAAGUUGUCGUCAUCCUUGUCUCCUUUAUCGUCGUCGGCUGGAUGCUGUGGGUUUCUUUGUAAUAAGAAAAGAAAAAAUCCCAAUUCCAAGAAAUCAAAGCAUGAUGUGGAGGAUAUUUCAAAUGAAAUUGGGAGAAAUUCAUUGAGUAGUAGUCGGCAUUCUAUGCCAAAUUAUUCGUGGAUGGAUGGACGUCGGUUUCUUGAAGAUUCUAAUUACUUGUUACCGAAAGAUGACGAAGAGAUUGAUAGGUCGAAUACAAUUCACUUUCUAGUUAAACAUGUUCUAAAUGGAAAUUACAAGGCACCAAUAACUGAUACAAUGAAAAAAUGUUUGGACGUUGGCUCUGGUAAUGGUGCUUGGUUAAUGGAUAUGGCGAGCGAAUUUCCCGAUGUCUCGUUUAUCGGUGUUGAUAUUGACCUACAAUCACCUAGUGCAAUAUACCCGCAAAAUUGUCAAUUCGAUACAUGCGAUAUUUUAGGCGGUCUACCGUACGAAGACGAAACAUUCGAUUAUGUGCAUUGUCGGUGGGUUAUUUGUUGGCUGCCUCGUGAAAAAUUUAGAUUUGUGCUUGAAGAGAUGAUACGAGUCACGAAACGUGGAGGAUGGAUAGAGUUUCUUGAGAGUAAUUUCGCAGAAGUGAGAAAUCCUGGCCCAGUUUUCAAAUCACUAUGGAAUACAUGGAAAGAAAUUUCAGAAUUAAGAAGAUACGACAAUCACGUUAUAAUGACUCUCGAAAAGAUAUUACGAGAACUUCCAGUAGAUAAAUUAUCAAGUACUAAAAUAUCAGUACCAUUCGGUGAAAAAGGAGAAAAGACUGGUGAAAUAUGGAAGGGAAUUCUCUCAGGUGCAUAUACAGCAAUGUCUCCAAAAUGGCGAGAGUAUCUGAAUAUUUCGGCGGAGCAGAUGCAUGAACUUAUUGAUGCGGUGUUGAAGGAACAUGAUGAACGUGGUGUACAUACGAAUUGGUAUUUGUUUGUUGGGCAGCGCAAGUUUAGAAGUAAUGACGAUGCUAUAGCAAAUGAAGAUGAUACAGCAAGUGAAUUUGAAAUUGUAUAG